UGCCUUACAUUGGAACCCAUUUUGUAAGAAGAAGAGUGUCUCAAGUCAAAGCAAUACAGUGCGUUUUUGGGCCCAGGUUGGAAAUGAGGCGAGGAAGACAGGAGGAGGAGGCCUGAGGCAGCAGGGGAAGCCCUCCAAGGCAGGGCCUCUUCUGAGGGGAGGCCUGAGUGAGAGAAGGAGGAGCAGCCCACAGAAAAGGGACGAAGAGGGAGAGAGAGAGAGUCCCCUCAGGCGGUGGCGUUCGUGGGGCGAUGGGGGCCUGGGGCCUGGUGCUGCUGGGGCUUUGGGUCCUCCUUGGGGCCCAGGGCCAGCUUCCUCCUCCGGCUGCUCGGGGGGAGUACUGCCACGGCGGCGGGGCCUCGGGGGGCUUCCUCUGCCCGGAGCGCUUCGACGGCGCCGACGCCACCAUCUGCUGCGGCUCCUGCGCCCUCCGAUACUGCUGCGCCGCCCCAGAGGCCCGCCUCGAGCAAGGCGCCUGCGACCAAGACCGGGAAGGAGGAGGGCCCCAACACCCCUUCCCUGGAGCAGAAGCAGCGGCAGCGGCAGCCCAACCAAUCUAUGUACCAUUUCUCAUCGUUGGAUCAAUAUUUAUUGCUUUCAUUUUUGUGGGCUCCUUCGUUGCUGUUUAUUGCUGCACGUGUUUAAGGCCUAAGCAAACGUUACAGCAGCCGAUGAGAUUCUCUCUUCGAAGCUACCAGAUGGAGACUUUGCCUAUGAUCCUGACCUCUGCUAGCUUAAGGACUCCAUCAAGACAAUCCGGUUCUGCAUCCAGUUCCAGUUGUACUGCUGGCUCUGUCCACAGGUUUUCAUUUGUGAGGCCAGAGUCUGGGUGCCUUGUGGCCCCUUCUCCCCCACCUUAUACAGCCGGCUGUUUACAGAUGGGCCAUUCUGUCAACCUCACUCAGCCAUCCGGAUUUUUUGUGUCAGCACCAUAUUUCUCAUAUCCUCUUGACUCAGAGCCGUCUCUGACUGGGAAGAGCAUUCCAGAUCUGAGCCAGAGCUAAAAGGAGUUUCUGAGACUACAGUUUCACAGAGAAGCACAAUGAACAUUUAUUUUUUGUGGUUUUCAUUGCUGGACUUUCUGUUUUUGGGAUUGAAAACCAUGUGAAUGGGUGAGUUGCCCUUUUCAAAGUGCACAUUCUUGUAAGAAAAUUUGUUAAAUAGCAGCAUCAAUUUGGAAAUACCUGUGUUCAGCUCAGCCGAAUACACAUUCCAAAACAUGCCAAAUUAGAACAAUAUUGCUUUCAAAAGGGACCACUUGGUCACUGUGAUGUUAUUAUGUUGGCUACUAAAAUCUUACUUUCAGUGUAUAUUUAAAGGUGUACAUCUAAUGUGAGCAAAAUCCUGCAUAUAGGAGUAGAAUACUGCAUUAAAGCUGUGAUCUUCUACUCAACUGGGAGUAGGGAUGAAAUGAAUUUUGUUAAUCUUUAUUUUAAAACAAAUACUUCCCAAACUAAUACACAGAUCAGUAUGCAAUUAUAGUCUGGGCUUUGGCCUUUUCAAAUGCUGCGAUACAGUUCUUAAUGCAGAAAUUAAGAAAACAACAUACAAGUGGUAUAUGUUAGAGGGCCAUGCUUGCAAAAAGUACCUGCUAGGGAAACUGUGUGUAAAAAUGCAACACAAAUGAGGAUGAAAGUACAUGCUAGCUGUCAUGUGGAUUUUAAAAGAAAAUAUUCACAAACUGUGCAAAACAGGAUGGAAAUAAACAAUGCUUUAAAGAUGUAGAUGUUUUGGAAAGUGAAAUAGAUUAAUCUGUCCUUCAUCUGGGAGUCACCGCCAUUUUACUCAGGUGGGGAGUAAAAUUGAUCUGAGAAUUACAUUGGAACAAUCACAGAAGUGUGAAAAGUGAAGGAUAAUUGCAUUCUGGUUCAUGUAUUAGUUUGGAGAGUGAAAAUUAGUUUUGCUUCUGUUCAAAUGUGACAAACAAAUUUACUUCUCAUCCCCCCUGACUAGAUAUGUAUAGAUAGGACUGCACUAUUAGCAACUAAUUUGGAGACUUUAUUUAGUUAUGGGAAGUACUAUUUUAAGGAGAAAUUUAGAUACAUAUUUAACUUUCAUUUCAGGUAUUAGGUUAAAAUUGACCGGAUCAUGCUCUGUGUUCCUUACCUGUUCCAACCGUUACAAAAACACAGGAGGCUUAUAAACAGUUUUCACCAGAUUAGUUUCAUAUAUUAUAAAGGGAAUAGUUUCGUUAGUAAAUGCUGAAAGUUUGGGACACGAAACUAACACUUUAUAAAACGGGAAGAGGUUAAUGGUUAUAAGUCCCAUUUUUAAGGCAUGUAAUACCACAAUAUGGACACUUGAGCUGCUAUCCCAUGUACACUUACUUGAGAGUAAGCCAAAUUGAACUCAACUGGAUUUAUAUCUGAAUAGACAUAUACAGAAUGGUGUUGCAAUAGUUCAGCCCUAAUACUUGCUGUAGCAAGAAAGAUGGAUCUGGGAUGGGCUGUCCUGAAUGGGAGACAACACAAGCGACUGUCAGGACAGUACUACACAUUAAAAGAUUUCUUGCUUACCACUGGUAAGUUACCAGGCAGAUUCAAUAAUACAGAACUAUAAUAUUAACAAUACAUAGAACUAUAAUGUUAGUAUAUAUUAGAAACACAGAGCAGGAUAUUUUACUAAUACAGUAAGUAAGUUUUAAGUAGAACUACAGAAAGUUUUCUGGCAACUUCAAGAUCUAAGAUGUAAUAAUACUUAACAAAAUAUGCAGUAUCUUUACUGAGUCUUGGAGUAAAAUAUUAACAUACUAAAAUAGUAUAAACUUUAUGCAUUUUUUAAAGGAAGUAUUUAUUGUGUUUUCUUCUGUGACUUAGAAAACACAAAUUGAGCAAGUGGUCUUACAAGUUUUAUUUGUAAAAUUAACACUAUAUAAAAAUAGCACAUAAGAACUGUAAUUUACGACAUGUUGACAACAUUAACAAAAUGUAGUGGUCACAGGUUUUCUUCCAAUAAAUGCUCCGUGAUUGAAACAACA